AUGACUAGUGGUCCACGUAAAAUAAAUCAAGUAGACAAUGAUCUGGCCAUUGUUUGGCUCGAUGCUAAAAAAUCAAAGGAAUCUUCUAAUGUCGAUUAUCUUAAUCGAAGUAUUGAUUUCAGCACUCUUAUUAGUCAUAUUCAUGUAUUCGAUGACGUUGAUCAAUGCUGCGAGUAUCUGCUGUCGAAGGAUCAAGCAGACAAAGUCUUACUGAUUGUAUCGGGCUCGAUCGGUGAGAAAGUGUUGCCAUGCAUUCAUGAUAUAACUCAAAUCAUAGGUGUCUACAUUUUUUGCAAUGAUGUGGAGAAACAUCGCGAAUGGGCAGGCACGUUCAGCAAAGUACGCGAUGUGUUCCGUUGUCCGAAGAAAUUGAUAGAGCGCAUUCAACGUGACGCUCAGCUGUUGGUUCAUCACAUUAUACCAACGAAUAUUUUCUCAUUUCAAAAUCUUCAACAAACUUCUCUGCAAAAUGUCGAUCAAGAUCAAUCGACAUACAUGUGGUUUCAAUUGUUGAUUGACGUUCUCAAUCGUCUUCCUCUCAGUCAUUCAAGUCGAGGUGAUCUUAUAGAUGAAUCUAUGCAAUACUAUUCGAAUAAUACGAUAGAAAAAAGGAAAAUUGCCGAAUUUAAUGAAAAAUAUUUAUCGUCCAACGAGGCUGUACAAUGGUAUACGCGCGAUUGUUUUCUCUAUCGUUUAAUUAAUCGGGCCUUUCGAACUCGCGAUAUCGAUAGUAUCUUCAAAUUCCGUUAUUUUAUACACGACUUACAACACCAGCUGGAUCAUUUACAUCAGGAACAGCAGCUAUCAUCAGUAUUACCGACUACAGCCUACCGUGGUCAGAUUAUCGGCGCGGAUGAAUUGAAAAAACUCCAAAAUAAUGUUGGUGGUAUCUUUUGUGUGAAUUCAUUCUGGUCAGCAACAACUGCGAGUCAAGUAGCGACUUCGUUUAACAUGAUUAGUCUAGGACGUCCAUACUAUGAACGAGUCAUUUUUGAAGUAACCAUGGAGCUAAAACAGCAGCCAGACAAAGCAAAGUCGAAGUAUCCAUUUGCUAAUAUUAGUCAUCUGAGUUGUAACGAAGACGAGGGCGAAGUACUUUUUUCAAUGGGAUGUACAUUUCGUAUCAUAUUGGUGGAACAGUUUAGCGAUGAAAUUUGGUAUGUUCAGCUUUCUCUUCUGGAUGACUCUAGUAGCAUCGAUGAAUCAUUGCGCGAAUAUUAUUUAGCAAAUCACAUCGAAGAACAAUCGUCACUGCUCACGAUGGCUUAUUUCUUUGAUCAAGCCGGUGAUUAUGAGCGAGCCAAGCGUUAUUGUCAGAUGCUUCUAAGAGAAAAUCCAAGUGAAGAUGAUUCGAUUGAUAUUCAUACAUCGUUGGCACUGUUCGAGUACCGAAUAGGAAACUUUGAGGCAGCAAAACGUGAAGGAGAGCUAGCACUCAAAUUACAUCUAACGCAAAAGGUAGUGGAUAAUAGGCUCUCGGAUAUAUACGCAAACUUGGGUUUAGUCAUGGCAGAACUAGGUGAAUACAGGGAUGCGAUUGCAUAUCAGCAUGAGUCUGUAAAGAUCGAUGAACUUGUGUUGGAUGAAGAGGACGAAGAGAAAGCGAUUACAUAUGAAAAUCUUGGUAUGUCAUAUCAUGGUCUAGGAGACUAUCCAAACGCACUCAAAUGGUGUGAAGAGAAAGCUUUGAGCCAUAUGCAAAAGUAUCUACCUGCCAGCCACCCAGGCUUUCAGAGGAUCUAUUUAGAUAUCGGCAUGAUCUACACAUCGAUGGGCGAUUAUCCGGUAGCACGUGGCUGGUUAGAGAAGGCACUCGACAAGGCGCACAGUAUUUUGCCUCCUUUGCAUAAAGAUUUGGGAAAUACUUUUUACAAUUUGGGUUUGUUGUGUGAGAAAACUGGCGAAGACGAGCAAGGUCUUAAUUACUUUCGCCAAGCAUUAAAUAUCGCUUUACAAUCAGAAAAGGAAGAUACUACAAUCGAUUUAGCAUACAUUUAUGUGUCGAUGGGUGCUAUUUACGACAAUCAAGGUGAAUUUGACGAAGCUCUUCGUCAUUAUGAGCUUGCACUUGAGAAUCUCUCAGUUGACAAACCAGAGCAUCGUCAACAUUUUGCAACCGCUUACAAUAAUAUAGGAUUCGUGCAUAUUCAACAAAAAAAGUACAAGUCAGCUUUGAGUUAUUUGCAGAAAGCAUUCAAAAUUGUUGAAAAAUAUUUGCCGAGAACACACGAGCUAUAUACAUUGACUCUUGCAAACAUCGGCCAAGUAUACGUAGCACAAGAUCGCCUUGAGGAGGCGCUGGAAUGCUAUAGGCAAGUCAUAGAUAUACGGCGUCGCACCUUGCCUAAGUAUCACAAAGAUUUAGCCGCUAUUUACGAUCAUCUAGGAGAAGCUUAUUUCAAGAAAGGUAUUUUUAAAACAGCCAUUGAUUACCAUAAAAAAGCACUUGAAAUCGAAGUCCACGCGUUACCUUUGGAGCAUCCAUCGAUCAAAAGCACCUGUAAAAUGCUUGCUGAUGUCUAUAAACGUAUUGGAAAUCGAAAAGCUGCUAUCAAAUGUUAUAAAGAGCCAAUAUUAAUGGCACGCAUGUGCCAGAAAAUUAAUAGCAGUUUACCGUCAGUGGAUCCAAAAAGGAAGAAAAACAUGAUUUGA